AUGACGGCUUUGGUAGCAAAUGCCGCUUGUGUCAAAACGUUCAGUGGUAAAAGAUCUGAUGAUCUAGUACGGUUUCAUGUUCUUACAAAGGGAGGUAAAGGUAUUUUUCAAAUCCUAAACAACCGUAAAUUGAGAUCAGUAGUGGAUGAACUUACUGUCUGCAGUUACAAAGGGGAGAAGGUGAAAUACGCUCUGAAGAAAGAUGGCCGUUUUCUCUUUAACAUAUUUAAGAGGAACUUUGUUCUAUCCUGCACGAGUACUGGAGUUCAAACAGAGCCGUCGAAUCUUGUCGAUGAUCUUGAUGACAAAACUUUCCAGAUUGUUCUGCUCAACAAGUCAGAUCCACCUCAGUCUGACAGUCAGUCUAGCAGUCUUGAGGAUACUUACUAAGCAUCCAGUGACUUUCGGAGCCCUGUUUCAGACAAUCAGAGGAGGCAGAUCAAAAAAGAGAUCCCCUUUCAGACGGUAGUGGAGAAGAAUGUCUGUUCCAAAGCAAUGAAGAAAAAAAUGCUUGCACAGUUUGAAGAUUAUGUGAAGGCCAUUAAGACUGAAACUUCUGAGCAUUUCUCUGUCCCAGAUCUACUCCGUCUGGAGUUUGGUCGGAAUGGCCUGAUGUGCCAAGAGGUGAAAACAAUGAAAAAACUGAUGAGUCUUGGCGAUUCAGUCUGUCAAGUGAGAAUAAAUGGGCGCCCAAUUGGAAGUGGUUUUCUUUUGUUUGGAAGGUUUGUUUUAACAAACAGCCAUGUCAUAAAAGAUAUUUACAACUUAAACCGCGGACAGCUCCAGGAAGAGGUUUCCGUCCAUUUCUCAUAUGAAAGUGUGGAGCAGUCCGACGCGGGAUUGGAAGUAAAAGAAGUGGUUUGUUUUGAAUACAACCCUGAAGUACGGGACUGGGCUUUGCUGGAGCUACAUUCUGAUAAGAUGCUGCCUUCUGGUCUUUUAAAGCACUUCAGCUUCCUUCCACAAAGUGGUGGAAUCUCCAUUAUCGGGCAUCCUCAGGGAGGUGUGAAAAAGAUCGACCCCUGUUUGAUUGUUCCACACAGCCAAGUUGUUGCGCAGGUUCCCUUGAUAACCCAAUAUUAUUUUGCAGAAAAUCUUUUGAAAUACGAGUCUGGUUUUUUCGAAGGCUCCUCUGGCUCUCCGGUUUUUGACAUCCACUGCAAUGUUGUUGCAAUGCAUUCAGGAGGAUUCACAUAUGAAAACGCAGGGGAAAAAAGGAAUAUUGUUGAGUAUGCCCAUCCUUUGCAUUUCAUUUUGGAAGAUUUUGUCAUCCAAAUGGUGGAAAAACAAAAAUUUGACGUUUUGAGAGAAUACCUUGAUUGCAGUUAUGCUCGAGAAGCUGACAUCAGGGAUGGUGUAAAAAAGAUAGUUGAGAGCAGAAAUAACCAAGUCUUCAAGAAAGCUGCAAAGAGCUUUGUGGAUGACAAGGUUUUGAAGAGUUUCCUUGAGUCUUUCUGUCAAACUGAGGAACCUGUCCCAAUGGAAAUUAUUUAGGUCUCCUCUUACUUUUUUUGCUUUCCUGGGCUUGUUUGCAGUCAGAUAAAAAAUGCAGUGUAAAGCAGAGAUUCAUUCACAAGAUAAGAUUCCUUUUUAACAAUGAAAAGCUGAUAAAAUUAUGUCCUUACAUCAUCCUUACUAUAUGCAUUUCUACUAUUAUGCUUUAGAAUUUGAAGGUAGCUUGGUUUUAUUUAACCUCUUAAGAUGUGAACUACUAUUUGAGCUAACCCUCUGGACUCAGUUACAAAGUCCCAGUUAAGCAGAAUUAAUCACUGUGGUAAUAUAACCCAAAAUGUGAUGCUCGUGUAUUUGGGCGCCAGGUCUUAAAAAGGUUAAAAUGUUGUGCUCUUAUUGUUUACUUUAUUGUAGUGCUCAUAAGCAUGGACAAUUAAUAAAACUGUAAGUCAUGUGUACCUUUUUAAUGAAAAUUGUGUUUUUUCCCCAAAAACAUUUUUAGCCAUCACUUUUCUGUUCAGAGAAAAAAUAAAUAAUGACAGAAAAUGUCUUUACUCCUGUAACUUUUUCUUGUAUACAGUAUAUGUCAAAUGCUUACAUUUCCAUUUCCAUUCCUGUAUUAGGGUUCUUGAAAAGAACUGCUAACGAAACAAUUGACCAGAUUUUCUUUUUUUUAUUGUGCGUUUUAUUGUAUCGAUUUAUUUUGUUUUGAUUUUUUUGUUUAUUGAUUUCAAAUAUUGAUGGCGUAUAUUUCUGUGAAAAGAUGACGGCAAAAAAAAUGUUGUUUUUUUUUCUGUAUGCCCCCCCCCCCCCCAUUUAGUAAGGUUGUAUUCAGUCACAUUCCAUUUGUAAUGUUUUGUAUGCUCUUUUGUAUUGAAGUCUUUGUCUUCUUUUUUACCCUCAAUUUGUAUACAUACACUGUACUUUUUCUGUUUGAAGCAUAUUGUUUUUUUAAAAUGCAAGAAUUGUUCCAAGGAAUCAAGAAUAAAACUGUGUUAAAUUCUGAUAAGAAAUGA